AUUUGUUAUGGUACCAGCCCACAGAAACAAUGCGCUGGUGUACUUUGUAUUGAGACAUAAAGCAUGAAUUUACUCUCACCACCCAUUUUAUCGGACUUUGGUUGCUAGUUCUUUCUCCGCGCGUGCGACGCAGCCGAGUGUUUUCCGUCAUGGAGAAGGAAAAUUUGUCCGUGGUGCUGCACUCUCAAGGGGACCUCAGACUGGAGAAGCGCCCGGUCCCGGAGCCUGGUCCUAAUGAGGUUUUGCUCCAGAUGCACUCAGUUGGAAUCUGUGGGUCGGACGUCCACUACUGGCAGCACGGCAGCAUUGGGGACUAUGUGCUGACGAAACCAAUGGUGCUGGGGCAUGAAGCAUCGGGACGGGUGGUCAAGGUCGGCUCGGCAGUCAAACACCUUCAAGUUGGUGACCGUGUAGCCAUUGAGCCAGGUGUUCCCCGAGAGAUGGAUGAGUUUUUCAAAAAUGGACGCUACAAUCUCUCUCCAACUAUCUUCUUUUGUGCCACGCCACCAGAUGAUGGAAACUUGUGCAGAUACUACACACACAAUGCCAACUUCUGUUACAAAUUGCCCGACAACGUAACAUUUGAGGAGGGUGCCCUGAUUGAACCUCUGUCGGUGGGAAUCCAUGCCUGUCGUCGGGCCGAUGUGGCCCUGGGAAGCACUGUGCUCAUCUGUGGUGCAGGGCCUAUUGGGUUGGUCUGUCUACUUGUGGCAAAGGCAAUGGGAGCGGCGCACAUUGUCAUCACAGAUCUGUUCCCUGAGCGCCUGGCAAUGGCCAAGGAGUUAGGUGCAGACUUCCAACUGACUGUAAAGCGAGGGGAUGCACCUCAGCAGUUGGCUAAGAAAGUGCAGGACAUGCUGGGGGCUCAGCCUCACAUCACUAUUGAAUGUAGUGGUGUUGAGAGCAGCAUCCAAACUGCUAUCUAUGCGACCCGCUCAGGAGGCGUGGUGGUCCUCGUGGGUCUUGGAUCAGAAAUGGCUACCGUUCCGCUGAUCAACGCAGCCGUCAGAGAAGUUGACAUCAGAGGAGUCUUUCGCUACUGCAACACGUGGCCCAUGGCCAUCGCCAUGUUAGCAUCGGGAAAAGUGAAUGUAAAGCCUCUGGUGACUCACCGCUUUCCACUGGAGCAGGCGGCCCAAGCAUUUGAGACCACACGUCAAGGUCUUGGGAUAAAGGUCAUGUUGAAGUGUGACCAAAAUGACCAGAAUCCCUAAACUACUCUGAACCCAAAAUAUGUCACACUCAUCAGAUUGUAAAAGUUAAAAUGGUGAUAUUAUGAUAUACAGUAUGACUAAUUUAAUUAUUAUACAAACCAAUUUGACUACUGAUUUUAGAGCGUUUUAAACUUUAUAUUCUAUUUGCUUUUAUGGUACAAUUUCACAUGCAUUUCUCAGUUGCUGUCAGAAGAGGGAACUGGAGCAUCAAAUUCUCAUUGGGAUGGGCUUUGCAAAGAUGGUGUUCAGCCACCUACGCCAUGAAAAACAAUUGCCAUGUUACUGUGGGCGCAAAAUAGAGAAACUAGAAAACAAAAUGGUACACUGCUUGAGUAAUAGUAGCUGUUUGAAAACUGGAUUUCAUGCAGUCAUCAAAUAAAACUUUGUUCGUUUGAAUAUACUGUCUCUGUAGUUAUUGUAAAAAAACAAAAACAAAAAAAAACUGAUAGACACCCUUGUAGACGGCAAACAAAAUAUUUAAAUAUUGCUUUUAGUUAUUAAAUCCUUUUGAAACCUGCAUAAUAUGUUUACUUGGGUAAUCACGGAUA